AUGCCGAAUCACACACCCGCCACCGACGGUGGUGAAGACCAUCUGCGUCCGCCGCCAGCCUCGGCGUCGUCGUUGUCGCUGCGCAGCGAGGCCGACACGGCGGGCUACAUCACCGCCUCCUCCAGCCGCGUCUCGCAUCUCGAUGCCGAUCCUGUUACGGCUCUGCCGCGAAUUACGAUCGGGGGUCUGUCGUCGACACCCGUGCGUCGCAUGGCACACAGUCCGUCGGUCGACUCGCUCAGCACGGGCGAUACGAGCGAUGCGCCACACAUGGCAUCGCUCAGCUCCGUGACGACGUUCGUGCCCACGUCGCUCACGAGCGACGGAUCGGACGACGAAGAACCCAAGGAGCCCAAGGAGGAAGAGUUCGUGCCAUCGUACGAGUUUGAUCUGCGCGAUUCGCACGAGCGCACCGACGACGAGGCAGAUGCGAGCGCCGAGUACGACGCAACGAUGCUGGGCGAGGCACAGGAAGGGGAUGUGUUGACCAUCAGUCACUCGCAUUCGACGAGUCUCGCUACGCAUCCGCACUCGCGCGUGCCAUCCGAAUCUGCCGUGCGUUCGUUUCUCCCCACGAGUCUGUCUGCAUCGUGGCCAACGCUGCCACCGUCGGCAGCGAAGCUGCAGCGUCGACGACGGAAUCUGCUGCUCAAGCUGCUCAAGACAUGGGAGGGUCGCGAGCAGGUGUUGCAGUUGAGCCACUCGCUGGUGUUGCUGCUGCAUGCAUCGCUCGACCAUCCUGUGCCGCGGUCGUACCGCGCCGCUAUGCUGAGACCGGCAGGUGCGGUGCUGGCGCUGUCGUUCCCCAAGCCAGUCAGGGUGGCGUUGAUGCAGAGGAUCUAUACGACCGCCGAGGGGAUCGAUAACUUUCGCCGCAUCGUACUGAUCGCGCGUUGGAUCACGGCAGCGACAGAGGCGACCAUGGAGCAUUGGCAGCACCGCAAGCUUGCGCGAAAGCAGAGCCAGGUGGAGCUCGAGGAGAAGUUGACGGGCGAAGAACCGCGCGAUAAAGCGUCGGACCACACCAACAAUCCCACGUGGCCGACUACACAACCGUCGUUCGACGUGUUUGAGGAGCAACACCACUCACCCACCCCUGCAAGGCAGAGCGGACAGGCGGUGGGUGGGUUUGUACAGCGGGUGCGGUGGGUUUGGUCGAGGGUCUGGACGGUAUCCCACGUCGAAGCGGCGGCUGAUACAGUGGGCACUAUCGGGGAAGCAUGCGAGACUGCGGCGGUCCUAUGCGGUGGAGGGAUGUUUUGGCGCGCCGUGGGAAUCCAGCGUCUCGGCCUGCCGUUCCUCUCGCGUCGACGACGUCGGGGUGUGGAGCACAUCGGAAUCGUGCUUUCGCUGUGUAGCGUCAUGCUGAGCUUGGUGGCUCUGCGGUUGGAGCGCGCCUCGCUGCGGGCAGAUGUGCGGUCGGCACAUCGACGCAUCACGCGCGCCAACGAUAAACUUGGCUGGGCAAGCGAUCUUGCCGGCACAACGAUCGACCGCAACCAAGCCCUAUCGCUACGAAAACGCAACCCCACCCGAUCCCAUCGCCCCGCCCCGCAGGAGAAACAACUCCAGAUGCUCGGCGACCUUCAGGAUGCGACUGACAUCGACGAUGUAUCCUCCUCUUCAUCGGCUUCGGAUGAUCAUCCGCAUCCAAGAGGACAGCAUUCGAGUGUCGAUUCGCUAAGACGCUCGACGGAGCGCGCACUGGUUCGCGCCGAAAGCGACCUCAAGACCGCGCGUCGAAAUGUGCGCAUCAACUCUUGGCUCAAACUGGCCAACUGGUCCGAAGCCAUCUUCCUCGCCUACGAAGCCGCCGCCCCCAGCAUCGACAAGGACGCAGUCGAAGCUUGGACCGGCGUGGCUGCUAGCACCAUCCGCCUUGCUGCUCUUUGGAUCUCCCUCCGCUCGUCAUAA